AUGUCUUCCCAAUCUUUUCUCCCGUUAUCCUCGCCUCCGACAUCGCCCCGACUCCUACCGCGCCGCCCGAGCUUGGAUCCCGAGCGGGAGAUAUUAUCCACCAGAGGGCAACAGCGCAUCUUGACAUUCCUGCCCAGUCGCACCUCUUCUACGGCAUUGCACGACUUAGACGAAGAGAUCGCCUCCCCGCCAACUUUCCUCCGACGCGGAUCCUUAUUGAUUGGGCACAGUAAUCCCCGCUACGAGUGGCAACGUUACUAUCGACCACCGGAGACGUUGAAACCCCUUCGAAGAUCGGUACGGCAGUACUAUGAGCGCACCAACUCGUUAAUCUCCCAAUAUCUUUACAUUGAUCGCCUCCUGGACUCAUCGGUGCCCCACAAUCUCAUUGAGGACUAUAACGAAUGCCGCCAUUUCGAUGCAUCUGGCAAUCGCAACCAACCAUCGCCGCCGGAUAGCCCACCAGAGUCGACCGAACAGCCUGAAUCCAAAGCUACCCGGAUCAAGCGUACCCCGCAUAAUCUCUAUCGAAUCCCCGAUGAAACGGCGCCUUUGCUUCAACGCGGCGACGAUCAGGAAAUCACUCACCCUCUGCUCGAUCUCGAAUCGCAUGGUGGAAUGUCCCCUGAGAAGGAAGAGCAUUUGAUCAACUUGGCCAUUCGUAUCAACUUCGCCGCGAAUGUUGCGCUGCUAGGUUCCAAAAUAGCCAUCCUUGUGCUCACUAAUUCUAUGUCAAUGCUGGCGGGUCUUGUUGAUGGCGUUCUGGAUUUCCUGAGUACUGUCAUCGUGUGGGUGACCACUGUCAUGAUCCGCCGGCAAGACCGCAACCAGUAUCCCAUCAGUCGCCGACGUUUGGAGCCGGUGAGUGUCUUGGUCUUCUCGGUCAUCAUGGUCACUUCUUUCUUCCAGGUGGGUUUGACCUCCUUCAACAAACUUGCUGGAGAGGAUCAUACGGUGGUAGAGCUCUCACUUCCUUCCAUAUCUUUGAUGGCAGGAACCGUCCUGGUCAAGCUAUUUUGCUGGGUUUGGUGUCGCCUCAUUCCUAGUCCCGGUGUCCAGGUACUGGCCCAAGACGCAAUGACAGAUGUUGUAUUCAACACCUUCAGCAUCAUUUUCCCACUCGUCGGCUCGUUCACUAAUUUGUGGUAUCUGGACCCACUUGGCGGGUUGCUCCUCUCGGUGUACAUCAUGUGGAACUGGGGUUGGACGGCAGGCGAAUACAUUCAUCGAUUGACGGGAGCAGCGGCGUCACCCACCGACCAUAGUAUAUUGCUCUACAUGACCAUGCGAUUCUCUCAUGUCAUUCGGAAAAUUCAAGACCUGAAGGCAUACUACGCAGGAGACAAGCUCAACGUCGAAGUGGAUCUAGUCGUCCAUGAACAAACUAGUCUACGUGACGCUCACGAUGUAGGUGAGAGCUUGCAGUACAUUAUUGAGAGCGUGCCCACCGUGGACCGUGCCUUUGUGCACCUAGAUUACGAUGAGUGGAAUCUUCCAAGCCAUAUGAAUCAGUUGGACCGUUAG